AUGCAGUCUCUGCCCGCCGAGGACAAGACGGAGCACGCGCACACGAACCUGACGAAGGCGUGCAUGGAGUUCAUGAAGGCCGAGGUCUUCGACAAGGACCCGGCGUCCGACCGCAAGGCCAGGAUCGCCUUCUGCGUGGCAAUGUCGAUCGCGACCGAUAGAGCGCAGACCGGCCUGGCCAAGGAGAUCUGUGAUCGUCUGCGGAAAGUGGAAGACUUAAACCGGCACCUCAUGGUAGAGGUGUUCAAUCUCUCCAUCGUCACGGACAGAGUGUGCAUUCUUUUGGACGACGUCAUAAUUCACCGGAAGCACGUCAGCAAAGACAUCCAGCACGAGCUGUGCGUGGAAUUCGUUCUGCUAUUCUUUGGUAUCGUGGAAAGCAUCCUUCGCCGCGGCCACCACCACGGCAACAACAACCACGAUUUCGCAUUUGGUGAACUGGAGUACGCGACGAGCGCAACGCCGUCCGACAUGACCAACGCCCGCGACAUCCUGGAGAAGCACGCAUCCGCAAUCGCCGCCAUGUGUGGACCGUGCUUCAAGCUGAAGGCGCUCAAGAAGAGCCGCCCGAGACUCAACCUCUUCCCUGCGCACGGCGCUCCUCCGCAAACGACGACUCUGGGGACCGAUCCCGUGGACUUCGCCGGCUGCGGCUUCGAUGUGCUGACAUCGUCCCUUCUCUCCAAUUCGAAAGAGACCGACACCUUUCUGGACAUCAUCUUCGCCAUCGUGUCACUUUCCCACAAGACACCCGCCGACACACUCGAGACCAUCAAGCUGAACAGCACCAAGACCUUUUUGCUGGAGAAUGUGCUGGACAAGGCUGCUGCCGAUUGUGCAAUGCAAAGAGACAAGGACGCCAUUCUUUUGGAGAAUCAAGUCAAGACUCUCGCCCAAGAGCUGAGCGCCAUCGAAGCCAAACUUGACGACACACGCCAACUCCUCCAGCAAGAAAAACGUAGGUGUUCGGAACUGGAAGCCGACAAGGAAAGCCUGUUGGCGACGAAUCGGAGCCUCGCGUUCAAGGCUGACAUGGCGGAAAGCAGGUUGGACGCUGGCCACGAGGAUAUCACCUCUCGCCUGGACCAAUCCUUGCAGGAAAACGACCGCCUACAAAAGGUCUGUGACAAACAAAAGAAAAAGUAUGCCGCCGUCAUCGGAGAAAAGAAGCGCACUCGCGACAUGUACGAGGAUCGGCUCGCCCAAGCCAGCGCCGACAAGAAACGCGUCGUCGACAUGCACGAGGCGCAGAAGACCAAGGUCACCGAGGCCUUGGAAGAAAACAAGAAGCUCAGGGACACCAUCGACGGCAAGAAGCCCCGCGUCGAUCGUCCCAAGAUAUGCCCUCACCAGCUCUUCGACGCCAUGUACUUCGGGAGUGGAUACCGGACGCCCUAG